AUGCGGUGGCGACAAGAUAAUUCGAGUGGCUUCAUGACGCUUCGGGUGCUGCACCUCCACCGCAAUAGUCUUCAAGACCACCACGCAAUUGCUCUAGCCAAGAAGUUGCCGGCUCGGAGCCUCACGGUGCUCGAUGUCUCUCUCAACUACAUUGAAAACGCCGGCAUCGAGGCGCUUGCCAGCGUGCUGCCGCACCUCCCGACGCUUCAGCGCCUCGACGUGAGCCACAACGCGUACGACACGAUCGCGCAUGCGGCCCUGGAACGCGCGCGGCUGCCGACACUGAGACUGCAGGGCAGUGCUGACUUUUUUUAA